CGUCAAUUUAGGCAAAAAAAAAAUAUUUUGUAUGUUAUACUUACAUAUUUUGUUCAAGAAAGCCAUACAAUUCCAUUGAUUAUAAAAAUUGUAACAAAUAUUAAACUACAGCACAUACAUAAAUAAGAUUAUGCUAAAUAUUUAUUUUGAUUAUGCAACUUUAAACAAUUUAUAGAACCUGCAUGUACGAAACACUGACACCUGCGAAUGAGAACAGUAAAACAAACGUCAAUAAAAGUUUUGACAGCCGGAAUAAUAAGUGGGUGAAGUAAUUAAAACAAUAAUCAAGGCGAAUUUACAAGUAGUAUAAUAUAAAUAAGUAAAAAUUGUAGGAUUUGCUUUUACAAUUAUUCUUUGAGAAUCAACAAAGCGAAUAUCCAAUGCCUUCUCCAUCUCCAGAGUGCACAACUCAAAUUUAUACAUACCAAAGCCUAAGUCAACGGUAUAGUGGCAAUAAAUCACCAGAUCUUCAGCUCACUGUGCAUGAAUGUGGCAAAGAUUCUAUUGAGUUAGAACUGACCAAUUUACAAUAUGUCUUACAGAGAUGUCAACGAAUUAAACAUAUAUGUAUGACUAUUAUUAUUUAUAUUGUUUAUAUCAUAAUGGUAUCCACAAACGUGACAAUCUUAAAAGGACACAUAUUAUGUGACCUCAGUUGCCUCUUGUGGUUACUAUAUCGGAUAUUCAACUUAAUGUCAUUAAUUCAAACUGAAAAAAUUAUUAUUUGCUUGGAUCUUGCACUUCAAUGCCAUACGGUACGAUUUCUAGGGCGAACCUCAAAUUUAUUCAUUCCAACGAACAAUAUUUAUGAUAUAGUAAUAAAUGAAGUUAUCGAAGAUCUUGAUGUGCAUUAUAUACUGAUAAUUCGAACAAAGGGCAGUCUUUUCCAAAAGAAGCCAAUUAUUACACUUUUUAAUUCUUUGCAGCCGUCCUUCGAAUGCUUGCAGAUGACAUACAGAUGUCUCAAUGGAAUUUUUCGCAAAUCAAACGGGAUUACAUAGAUAUAAGUUAUAGCAGAUCCAUUCCAAUCGCCGUUGUUCUCACGUCUUCCAAUAGUGCAUCUAUCUGAAAAGGAACAGCAAUAAAUCAAGAAUAUUUAUUGAAAAUAUA